AUGGCCCGCGGAAAGAAAGUUAACAGAAAUAAAAAAGAUCCCAUAAUCGAAAAAUCACCCGAGGCUCCGAAGCGCGUAACACCUUAUGUCGGAUGCCCAGUUCCGGCUCCCAUCAACUGCUGCAAAGGUUUGUGCUUGAGUUUUCUGAUUUUUCUGUUUGAUGCGUUGCCAAUAGAGCUCGAAAUUAUUGCAAAAUAUUGUUUCAAGGGGUUUUAUUUCAAAGAAUAUGUAUAGUUGAUUGAAUCUCAUUUUGUUUUCUGAUAACCUAUGACGGCCAUAACUUGCAGGAGUGCCUGUGAAAGGGGACGAUGACCAUGUGACGUUAGUUUGCACUAACGCCGAGUGCUCUCUUCUUGGCAAGUCGAAGGUCCAUCGAGAGUGCUUCAAAGCAUUGGAAGAUCAUAUGCUCAAAGUUUUGAAAACCCACGGUUUGUGGUUAAUUUUCUUCUUCUUCGCAUUCUUUUUGUGUAUAGGCAGCGCUCGUGGUUGGACUGAUGGACAGCGGGAGCAUAACAUUUGGGGCAAGAAAGGACUUGCUCUCAUUCAGCGCGUUAGUUCUUCUUCAUUUUACGUUCCGGUGUUAUCACAGAAAUAUUUUGAAAAGUUAUAAUGACAAAUGGAAAGAAAAAAGAGAAAAAAACUUUGGAGCUAUUUGACAACUUUUCAGGCUUUUCGCUGCCGCUGCCAUACGGGACAGGUCACUCUGGAAGAAGGCGAAAUUGACGUUUGUUUUGAUUUUUUCCUUUACUAUUCGAAAUUGGUUGAUGGGAGUUUGAGAUAUUUAAGAAUUUCGAAUGUGCGCAAAUUGAAAUCCUAGGCAUACCAAAACGGUUACGGUCAGAGCUGCCGACGGGGCGACCCGAAACGCAAAGUUUACAUUGAUGAAAAAUGUGGAAAAUAGGUGAAAAAUUAAGAAAAAUGGCUUUUCUAAAUGUCAUCAAAUUUCUCAGCAAUAUGUUAGUUUUGAAGCCAAGUCAUUAUUAAUCUCAGAUCACCGAGAGAAAGGAGAAAAAGAAGGCGAAACCAGGCAAAGAUCUGCCCAAGCUCAACUAUGGAAGUCGCGGUGCUGCAGCCGAAGUCGUCGAGCGUCGCGAAAAGAAGUGAAUAAAUGAAAAAUAAAUGUCUGGCGAGGAUUCUUUGAGGUUUUCCAGAUCUCGAGAUGCUCGUAAUUCUCGCAACGGACCUCCUACUCCAAUAUUCACUGUGACCAGCGAGGUUCUCUUUGAACUGUUUUUUUUUUCUCACAAUUAUUAUGUAUUUAAGUCGUUUGCUGACCUUCCCGAACCUGACCACCAUGGUAAGCGUCGAUGCAAAAUUUCAAUAUGUUACUGAUUUUUUUUUCAGUUCCGGAGCAAGUCACUGGCAUAUCCAUUUCGAUUCCAAUGGCACUCAACUUCUCUAAGUUUCUAAUUGUUUUGAAGUGUUCCAGGACUCGCUGGUCACGGCUCCUCCGCCGCCGGUUCUGACUCGCUCUUACGCAGUGGCUGCCAAAAACGAAGAGCGCACUAGAACCACUACUAACCGAGUGAUCAUGUCCUCGACUCUUUUUCACUAACUUUGAGUUUUUAGUACAGCGACAGCGGAGUUUCGAUGGGUUCAUUUGCGUCUUUAUCCUCCGAGGAUAAGGUUUGGUUCAGCUGGGUGCACAUUCAUUCGCAUAUUUCAGACUGCUCUCAAUCUCACCGUGGACAGCGUUUUGUCGCCAUCGCCGACCGAGAAAUUGUCGCUCAACGGUAAGAUCAUUGUUUUCAGUCACGAGCGCAUCACGAAAAAACAGUUAUCAUGGAAUUGCAGUGAAAAGUUAACUUGAUGGCAAUUGUUUACACUAUAUGAAAGAUUCUAAAAGCCAGAUCAUUUCGUUAGGCUGGGCGAAAGGUGUAGUUUUUCAGCUUCAGUUAUGCCUUUUACAAACUGUUUCAUUAUUAAAGAUUCGUCUUCAAGUCGAUUCUUUUAUUUCGAGACGAUUAAAACAUUCGUUGGAGUAUACAUCAUGAAAAUCAGAAUAUGAAAACAAUAUUCACUAUUUUGCGCUGGUCCCGUCGAACUCAAUCGAAAUAAAUAGAAAGAUCCGAGAAACUUGCAGAGUCGCUGGACGACAGUCAUCCACGUCUGCGAGAAACGGAGAUCGGAUCUUUCGAACCGAUGUUGGACACGCGUCAUGGCGCCUUGUUCGGCGAGGUGCUCAGCUCGGCUAGCCAUUCGCUGACACAGCUCCAGGAGAAGACGCUUCCAAAACCGAUCGCCGAGCCUCAAAUGAUUCCUCUAGAGGAAAUCCCAUCGUGGGAUCCGUUAACCGGCCGCACCCUCGAUUUCCUUGGACUUCUGGCCAGUCUAUCGAUGAGCCCAUCACGUUCUUCCCAGUUUUAA